GCCUACUCGUACUAACAUCUUCUGCUCCACUUGCUUACUUAAAGGCCAAGCCGAUGAUUUCUCUUUCGCAACACGCGAAGCAAAUUUCUAAGCUUUAACACACUCUUCCUUCCAUUUCAUUUCUUCUGUGUUCCACUGGUCCUCCACGUUUAGUUAGUUUCUUUCAGUUUGGUGGACAAGGGGACCUCAUCAGGCUCGUAGCAAAUUUACUUGCAAGACUUCAUGGUUAUGGCCACCUUAACAUCAGUCGCCAGCCUUACAAACAGCCGUGGAAAUCUCCAUGAUGUUUCCUUCCCUUCCUUCUUGAGCAACUCGGACGAUACCUUCGUUCGGAAACUUGCAGAAUCGAAUCGGAACAUUAGUGCUCAGGAUGUAGAGGAGCAUCAUUACUUAGGAAAUAAGAAAGAAGAUGGAGAAAUUGGUAUAUUCGGUGCUGAAAAAUACUUUAAUGGUUGCAUGGAUGAGGACAGUCCAAGACUUACCAGUAUAAUCCCGAAACACCUUCAGCCUAAGAAGGAUGAACAAUUAAAUGAUCAUACGGUCCCUAUGAAACCGAACAUUCAUCCUGAAACUCCAAGUAUUAAUUCUGAAUCCACUUGGAACAGUCAGAGUGCGUUGCUGCAAAGCGUUCAGAGAAAGAAUUCUGAAGCAAAGACAAAUAAGGCGCAUGGAAAGAUUGGAAAGAAUUUUCUUGCUGUUCUUGGCUGCAAAUGCUCUUGUUCUGAUAAGGACUUUAUUGAUGUCGAUGAUGAUGAUGAACAUAUUGGUGAGAUCAGUUUUAAAAGAAGUUCUAAUGCUCCCAUGCUUCAAGGCAAGGCAAUUUCAGAAGAAUUCACAAAGGGUAGUCUUGAUCUGGAUGAUAAACUACGCUCAGGAUCACCAGUCGAGGAGGAGGACAUCAAUUGCCAGAAUUUGGAGAAGUUGGGAAUUGGAAUGAAAAAGGAAACCUGUUUUAGUUUCCCAACUUCAAAUUCUGAGGCAGGAAAUCUUUCCAAUAAAUUUAUUUUUAGACAAGAGGAGGUAAAGCAAAGGAAAUCACUAGAGGUCUUUGGCUCCCCAGUGCAUGACAAGAGAAGCAAAUCUUUCAGAAUUGGGAGGAAGCUGUCCAUGUUCUCUUGGGAAGAAGCUCCAAGAAUGGAGGAAAUCGAUUAUUCCGCUACAUCAGGCGGAGUUUAUAAUGAUAAUGAGAGUGAUGCAAGUUCAGACUUAUUCGAGAUCGAGAGCCACACUGGAAAAUUCACUCAAUUGCUUGCAAGACAAGGAUCAAACGCCACCUCUGACUGUCCCAGCCCAACGACUGGCUAUGCACCAAGCGAGGCUAGCAUAGAAUGGAGCGUUGUCACUGCCAGUGCUGCUGAUUUCUCUGUAAUUUCCGAUUAUGAAGAGCUAAGGCCACCCACAACACUACCAAGUCCAAUCAAAACCUUUCUUACAACCGUAAAUGCAAAACCUGAGACCAGCAAAGAAACCCCAAGGCGCCGUUCCAGCAUUUCGUUUGGUUGCAAUAGCCACAAGGCUGUAAGAGUUGCAGGAGAUGCUUACAAAACAAAUGACAAGGUUUUUGACCCACUCGUACGUCGUCUCUCAGAUUCCUACAUGCCAUUAACAAGGCUGCACUCUGAGAGUAAGCUGAUGGAUUCCGAUCCCAGACAAAGGAAACAUGCUCUCAGCAGCCAUUUACUCCCUGGGUCGCACCCAUCUCAGAGUUUCCGUCCUUCCCACAUUCAACAAUCUUAAUAUUUCAUGUUUUCAAUAUUAUGUGUUCUGUGCUUUGUGGGGUUUAACUAGCCACUGAUACUCUUGGUUAAUGUUUAUGGGAAUUUUACUAGGCAUUGAAGUUUCCUCAUUUAUUAUCUGUCUUCCCCUUUUCUAUCUCCAGUUUGUUUCUGUAUGAAGAUCUUAGGCUGCAAUUCUAAGAUAAUGUGUUUCAGAAUCAA